AUAUCAAUACUCGGAAGUAAAUCAAAACAAUUAGCUAGCUUGUAGCUGGUUCUCUGUACCACCACAAAUGAGUGCAUCUCGCACCAUCCUCACCAUCCCUGUCAAGGUCUCCCUACCGCCUUCCCUCACGGCCUCACCAGAGAGCUUCAUCUGCAUAGCAACUCUCAGUAAAGGAAGGAGCUCUUCACCUGCUCACUAGGAACCAUCAGAACUGAACAGGGGAUCCAUGGAGGACCCCGGCCUGUUGAGUGCAUUUAUAGACAAUCUUGUGUCUAGAUUGUUCUGUCUUGUGGAGGAGAAAUACAAUCUGUACAAGGGCUUUGAAGGAGAUGUUACUUUCCUGAUGAGAGAGCUUCCCAUGAUCACUAGUGCCAUUGAUGGGCAGCUCUUGGGACAGGACGAUCACAUACUGCGUUUAACGGUUGAUGAAUUGCGCCACAUAGCUCAUGAAAUGGAGAACUGUAUAGACCACAUCAUGUAUGAUGCGUCUUUGGAUCAGCAGCCAUGGUACUGCAAAUAUGUUAAAUCUGGGAGGAAGAGAAAAUCACGCUGCCAGUUGGGCGAAGAGAUGCAGCGACUGAGGUGCAGACUGGAGGAAGCACUCCAACGGCAGCAGAGGUAUUCAGUGUCCCGUUCAUCCCCAUCACAGCUGGCAGAAUCGUCCUCGGAUCAGCAUGUACCUCGUGAUGAUCUGAUUGGCAUCGAUACAGCCCUGGAGGAGCUUCUGGAGCAGUUGGCGGAAGCGGAGGGCCAACCAAAGCAGCUGAAGGUGAUCUCUAUAGUUGGGUUCUGUGGAUUGGGGAAGACCAUCCUUGCCAGGGAGCUGUACAACAGCGAGGUUGGCAAGCAAUUCGAGGAAAGGGCAUGGGUUUCAGGGGCACAUGGGAAUCCAGGGAAGCUCUUAAGUGAUAUACUCUGUCAACUGCAUAAGACAGAUCUGGUUACCUCCAAUGCCGACCAGCUUAGUAUUGAUCUCUGCAACUACCUGAAUAACAAGAGGUAUUUCAUCAUAAUUGAUGGCAUGGUGUCAGAUCAAUGGAGAAUUAUAAAGUCUGCCUUCCCUCGAGAUGUUAGCAGUAGAAUAGUGGUGACAACAAAAAUCCAGUCAGUAGCUAAUACCUGCAGCUCUGCCAAUGGUUACAUACACAAAAUGAGAAGACUUGAUGAGAAACACUCAAAGAAAUUGUUCCUGAAAAAUGCCUGUCCAGGGGAAUAUUCAGAUUACUUGCAGCCGGAUUCAGCAGCAAUCUUAAAGAAAUGUGAUGGCCAACCACUUGCUCUGACUACCAUUGGCCAUUUUAUGCGAAAAAAGAGUUGGCCGACAGGACAUGACUGUGAAGAUGUGUGCAGUCAGGUACAUUUUUAUGAUCUGCAAAGCGGUGACGAUGCCUUGGACAGGAUGCAUCAGGUGUUGAUUCAUGACUUCGCCAGCAUUCCAAGCCAUGCCCUCAAAGCUUGCUUUCUAUAUUUUGCUAUGUUCCCUAGUGAUCAUCCAGUCAGGGCAAAAAGGCUAAAGAGGCAAUGGCUAGCUGAGGGAUUUCUGCAGCCAUCAAAUUUAUGCAGUGAUCCAGCAGCUGAAAAUUUUGAGAAGCUCAUUAACCAGAACAUCAUCCAACCUGUUAAUAUAAGCAACAACACCAAGGUGAAAACAUGCAAAACAUAUGGCAUGAUGCACGAGUUCAUUACGCUCAAAUCUCUCUGUGAAAACUUCAUUACUUUGUUCGAUGGAUGGGAGCACCAACCUAAGCAUGUCCGUCGCAUUUCUCUCCAGAAUAACAGCAUUACAGAUGGAACCAGUUUCAACAUUGAUUUAUCUCUUGUCCGCUCUCUGAUAGUAUUUGGGAAGGCAGGUAAAGAUAUGUUGAAUUUCAACAAGUACCAACUUCUGAGAGUCUUGGAUCUUGAAGACUGUACAGACUUGCAAAAUGGUCAUCUCAGAGAAGCAUGUAACCUAUUGCUUCUUAAAUUUCUGAGCUUAGGGGGCAAUGUUACCACUCUUCCCAAAGAGAUAAAACAGUUGAAACUUUUGGAGACCCUCGAUCUAAGGAGAGCGAAUGUAAAUAUCCUUCCAACAGAAGUUAUUCAGCUGCCCCAUUUAAUUCAUCUCUUUGGAAAAUUUAAGCUUCCCGAUAAAGCCAUGCAAGAUGAAGUGCAGAAGUUUCUGGUCUCAGGAAAAUGUAAGUUGCAGACACUAGCAGGAUUUCUCGUAGAUGAAAGCGAAGGAUUUGCGGAACUCAUGGGUUAUAUGAAAAAAUUACGAAAGGUCAAGAUCUGGUGUUUGUCAUCUGCGACUAGUAGUAAAUUGACUACUCUUCAGAAGGCCGUACAAGAGUACAUUCAUGAUGAAAAGGAUGCAAGCAAUGACCCUCGUUCUUUGUCACUCCAUUUUGACGGAUGCUCUGAAGACUUUCUGAAAGACUUGAAGGCUCCCUGCUAUCUGAGGUCACUGAAAUUACAGGGCAGGUUACUAGAACUUCCCGGGUUUGUCAUGGCACUGCGCCGACUAAGGGAGUUGUGCCUUCAGUCAACUAAAUUGACAGCUGAUCUUCUCACAGCUUUGGCCAAUUUGAAAUAUCUGCAGUACCUGAAGCUGAUUGCGGAUGAACUUGACGAGAUCACCAUUAAGGACAGGGCAUUGCCAAGGCUGCUCUGCCUCUGUUUUGUGCUACAACGACCAACAUUUCCGAAUAUUGAAGAAGGCGCUUUGCCAUUUCUAGAAUCACUUCAACUCUACUGUAAAGAUCUGGAAGGCAUUUCCAAUAUUCAAAUUAAAUGCUUCAAACAGCUGAGGGAAAUAACUCUUGAUGGUGGAGUCACCAAUGGUACAGUACAAAAUUUGGUAAGGGCAGCAAAAGAACAUCCCAACCGGCCAAAAGUUAUUUUGCUCAAAGCACCUGAUCCAAGUCCAGCCGAAGUUGUUCCUCGAGAAGAUCCUGCUGCAUCAGGAGCAACUGAAAAUGGGGCUGGCACACAGAUUCUACCUACUGGACCAAAUGCAUCUUUAACCGACUUCUCCAUAGACUCAAUAGACUCCAUUGCCUGAAUAUAUAUGACAUGGAUUCUGAUCCUUGAUGCAGCAGCAUCACGUAUACGGUGAAGCUAGUCAUUUGUGUAACCUCAUCGGUGAGUCACUAUGUUUCACCCGGACUAUACGAGGGUACCUAUAGAUGUGGAACAAGUUUCAGCUCAUUUGUGCAGGCUAAAAUCAAAUCAGUUUCCUUUGUUGAUCAUAUGAACUCAGAUCUGUAUUGUCACUCCCUCUUACUCAAAAUCCACCCCUUUACUAUUCUACCAUUUCGUCAUGUCCAAAUUCAGAGUCUCAGCUGUACCAAUUUGAUAUGUAUCUGCAAGUGUAGCAUCAUGUGCUUCUGAACUAGGAGUCUCACGAGUGAAUAACUGAACACCACUCCAUGUACUAUCUGUCUUUUUCUGAAGUGAAGAUGAUUCCGUUUGAUAA